GAGAGUCGAGACUGUUGGAGCUCCCUUUGAAGGGCACAUCGACCUUAUUUCCGACCUCACACUCUCACUCCUCGCUAGCGCUUCACACGACACCAUCAAGCUCUGGGCUUUCGAGUCUCGCCAGCUCCUCGCUUCCUUUGAUUUUCAGAAGACUUACCCUCUUACCCGACUCACGCCAACUAGCUUACACAACAAGCCCCAAAAAUGACUCGGACUACAAGAUCUGCCUCUGUGACACUCCACCCGACGUCCUUGCUCAGGCCCGCCUACGCAUUCCUUUCAAACAUUCACUGUUCGUGUGCUAACAUUCCCUUACAGACUAUGGCGGCGCCAUUGCACGCAAAAAGUCUACCCUUAAUGACACUAAGGUCUGAUGCAACUCUUCGUCCUCCUGCUAGACGUCGCAGACCACCGAUACCUGUCAUACCUAUGGAGCAGAGACCUCGACCUACAAUAGACCCGCAGCAACCCUCUUUCCCUCUCCUCAGUGAAUUUCUUCGCUUCUCUCCUCGCACGAACACAUUACGACCUGGUCGGGAUCAACCUCGUGAUCCCUUAGAUGUCCCUGCUACAUUUGCCCUACCGUCCUCCCUCUCGGGGCAGGCCGUACUUCGGCUUGAUCAUGACAGUCUCAAUUUUAUUCAACUCACAAUACAUAAUUAACGACUCGCUGCUGCCAAACUACCGGAAUAUAAGAA